AUGUCAUCAGGCUCCGCGCUGAGGCCGGCUGGAGCUGCAGCUGCACCCCUAGAUGAGGUCCAGCCACUCGAGCAGCGGGUCCUUGCCGGACGAGGAGGGCAGCUGGGGCUGGAUGCCAGACAAGACUACAGAGCACCAGGCGCCUCCACCCCCAGCCCCACAGCAACGGCCUCCAUGUCGCCGCACAGAGACAGGGAGGAUUCUUGUGUCCAGACAGAAAGCGCUGAAACAUUCCAGCUGCACAACCGCCAGGGCCCUAGUGUCUCCCACCCCUAG